AUGUCUGAGCAAGAAAACACCGCUGCCCAGCAGCAGCAGGUCGCCGACCUCACCGCCCAAGUCGAGCAAGUCAUCCUGGACGCCGACGGCAACCCACUCUCCAAGAAGGCCCUGAAGAAGCUCGAAAAGGAGCGCGAGAAGGAGCAAAAGAAGCAAGAACGCCUGGCACGUGAAGCCGCCGAACGUGCCCUGCGUGAGUCCUCCGAGGUAGAUAACGCCAAAGAUAACUACGGCAGGUCACCCCUGAACAUGUCGCAGCAGCAGACCGGUACUGUGUGGACGGAAGUUAAGGACUUGACCGAGGAGAUGGUUGGACAGGAGGUUUUUGUUCAGGCGAGAGUCCAGCAUUCGAGACCCCAGGGAAGUAAGAUGUGCUUUUUGGUCUUGAGGGAGGCUACGUCUACUGUGCAGGGUAUGCUGAUGGUCAAUGAGAGCUCGGUCAGCAAGCAGAUGGUCAAGUUUGCCAACAGCAUCUCGAACGAGUCCAUUGUUUCGAUUGUCGCCACCGUCGCCAAGCCCGAGAGCCCCGUCGAGAGCUGCACCGUCCACAACGCCGAGCUGCACAUCACCAAGCUGUUCAUCAUCAGCGAGGUGAAGACCCUGCUUCCCUUCUCGCUGGCCGACGCAUCGCGCUCGGAGACCGAUUACGAGAAGGACCCGACGCUGAACCGCGUCAACCUCGACACGCGCCUGGACAACCGCGUAAUUGACCUGCGCACAAUCACCAACAACGCCAUCUUCAAGAUCCAGGCUGCCGUAUGCCUGCUGUUCCGCGAGUACCUGGACAAACAAAGCUUCACCGAAAUCCACUCACCCAAGAUCAUCAGUACGGCGAGCGAGGGCGGCUCUAACGUCUUCUGCGUCACCUACUUCAAGGACAACGCGUACCUGGCCCAGUCGCCGCAGCUGUACAAGCAGGCGUGCAUUGCCGCUGAUUUCGGCAAAGUGUACGAGAUUGCACCAGUGUUCCGCGCCGAAAACUCCAACACGCACCGUCACUUGACCGAGUACAUCGGUCUUGAUCUCGAGUGCGCCUUCCGCGAGCACUACCACGAGGUCAUGAACAUGAUCGGCGACAUGUUCGUGUAUAUCUUCCAGAACCUCGAGGACAGAUGGGCGCAUGAGCUGGAGAUUGUGCGUCGCCAGUACCCGUCGGAGAAAAUCAAGUUUUCCGAGAAGCCCCUGCGUCUGGAGUACAAGGACGCGGUGGCGCUUUUGCGCAAGAACGGCGAGGAAAUCGGCGACUACGAUGACUUUACGACGCCGCAGGAAAAGCUGCUCGGCAAGUUGGUCAAGCAGGAGUACGACACGGACUUCUACAUGCUGGAUAAGUUCCCCUUGUCCAUCCGCCCGUUCUACACUAUGCCCGACCCUGAGAACCCCCUGUACUCUAACUCGUAUGACUUUUUCCUGAGAGGCGAGGAGAUCAUGUCGGGCGCCCAGCGCGUGCAUGAUGUGGAUCUGCUGCGCGAGCGGAUUGUCGCCUUGGGCGUCAACCCCGAGGACCUCAAGGAUUAUAUUAGGGGCUUCGAGUACGGUUGCCCUCCCCAUGCUGGUGGCGGCGUUGGUCUCGAACGCGUUGUCAUGUUCUACCUGGGUGUCGGCAAUAUCCGCCGCACAUCCCUAUUCCCCCGCGACCCUAAGCGUCUCGAACCAUAA